AAUCUGUAUAGGUUUUUAAAAAAGAUACGUUUAGCAUUUCAGGCAGCACGUUGUAACCCGUUUCGAAACCAGCGUAUAGGAAUACGGAGGGGAAAAACAGCGUACUGAAACUGAAACAUUACGCCACACAACCGUUAAUUUACCUCAGUGACCGGGUUUCUAAAUUUGCGGGGACGAAGUCUGCACAUGCGUGUUCGGGCGCCUUUCUGGCCGCGCCGGCGGUGAACGCAACGGGAAGAAAUUCAACUGCGUGCUUUGGAGCCGGACAGACGGACGUAACCUGCACACCACAAUCAUACCCCAAAUUUACAUCUAAUCGGAUUAAUGGUGAAAGGUAGGAGAUCAGAUCGCGUUUCUUUCCGGUACAUCUGCUCCGUGUGAUAAAUACAUUUCAGUGUUGUCAUUGUCUCCCAUUGUUUCGCUGCGUGAAAUCGCCUGACCAGAAAACACGUGGGGUCGCCAAGUAGCGUGGAUAUAUAUCCGGUUUGAGAUGGAAUUACGAAAAAAUGACCACUCUUUCUUGCCAAAGGAAACGAGUCUUGAUGUGGGCAGUAUGAGUAAGACGCCCCCUAACAGAAGAGGGAUAACAUUUGAGGUGGGAGCUCAGCUAGAGGCCAGAGAUAGGCUCAAAAACUGGUAUGCAGCCAACAUAGAGAAGAUUGACUAUGAUGAUGAGAAAGUCCUGAUCCACUAUCGUCAGUGGAGCCACCGUUAUGAUGAGUGGUUUGACUGGACAAGUCCUUACUUAAGACCAGUGGAGCGGAUCCAAUUGAGGCGACAGGGCCGGUCGGAGGACUCUCCUGUGCCUGGGUUUCAUGUCAAUGACAAGGUCCUCGCCAGCUGGUCUGACUGUCGUUUCUACCCUGCGAAGGUCCUUGCAGUUAAUAAAGAUGCGUCUUACACUGUAAAGUUCUAUGAUGGAGUGAUCCAAACAGUGAAAGGGAUUCACGUGAAGCCGUUUGUUAAAGAGAAAGGUGGCAGAGGGAAGUCUCGGUCCAGUGAAAGGACCACCGUUAGGAGGGUCCACAAUGGCAGAGACCGGAGGCCUCAGGAGAAUGGAGGCCCAAAGAACAAGCGGGCAAGACGCAGCAUAUCUGAUCAGGAUGAAGACAGCAACAGUGAGGACGAGGAGGAUGAAGGGUGGGAAGACGGGGCGGCCGACAAAAAGAAUAAGAGGAAAGAUGGUGAGGGGGAGGCUGACAAAGUGGCUCCACCAUCACCCGACAUUAAAAGGGAAGAGGACUUGUCUGAGGACGCACUCCAGGACAUUGAUCAAGAUGGAGAAAAGGAGACAGGACUCAGUAAUGGAGUGGGCGCGGGAGGGGAUAAGCGGGAAAAGGAGGAAGACUGUCAUUUAAAUGCAGUGAAGAAAGAGGAGGUGGAGACAGAACUGAAUGGAACCAAGCCAUACCCAGAGGUGGCCGAGCCAUACACAGAGUUGCCCAAUCAGACAACACAAACAGAGCAAGUGUUUGUCUCUACAACAACUGCAGAACCCAGCAGCGAUGUGGAGAAGAAACCAAGUGGCCAGUUGGAUAACUCCAAGCCGACAGGGGAGGUACCACCUGUCCAGCCAGUGAAACCUGUAAGAAAGCAAGGUUUUCACAACCCCAACAGAUUCAGCAGGGAGCCACUGUACAGAGUUAUCAAAAACCAGCCUCCACCAGUCCUGUCAAUCAACCUCGACCACAACCCAUUUAAAUGCAGUGCCCCAGGCUGCACCAAGUCCUUCCGUAAGGCCAAGCUGCUGCAUUACCACAUGAAAUACUACCAUGGGGAGGAGCAGCCAGUGGAGGGCAGCCUCAGCCCUACAAGGGGUAUCCAGACCAGGGCAUCUGAGAAGCAGGCCCCUGCCCCUAUUCAGAGUCCCAAAAGAAGGCGUACCAUCUCUGCUUCUAUGCACCCUGGUGGAGCUGCCCCAUCCUCCCGCAGUGACGUGAAGGCCGCAGGCAGACGCACAUCAGCGCCCCCUGCUGUCAAUACCCAGUGCCAGCAGCAGAGGGCGCUGCUAAGGGAGAAGAGCAAGGAGAACCAGCUGGACAGAAAUGUAUGCCAGCAGCAGGAUAAAGAUGGGGAGAAGAAAGCCUUUGACAUCGCAACAGUGAAAGACAGGCUGAAAGAGAAACCAAAACAGAAAGACUUCCUCCGCAUUAAACUGAAGAAGAAGAAGAAGAAAAAAAGGCCCAAGUCUGACUAUACAGGUAGUGAGGAGAAUAUUGACAUCUCAGUAUUGGGUCUUCAGUCCAAAUUGAAUUUGCCAAUCAAAUUCCCCCUCUCACACAAUCACAAGCCUGAGGCCUACCCAAGCAGGCCCGGAUACAGCCACUCAAACCAGAUACAUGUGAAUGAUGAAGAUAGCAUCAGUGACUGGUCCACUGACAGCUGUGGCUGGAGUGAUGAGGACUUUGGGGUAGAUUUGGAUGUCACCACUCCACCUUUGAGUGUUGACUCGGGUGCCCUAGAUACGAGCAAUCCGGAGAUUGUGCGGUGCAUCUGUGAGGUAGAGGAGGAGAAUGACUUCAUGAUCCAGUGUGAGGAGUGUCUAUGCUGGCAACAUGGGACCUGUAUGGGCCUACUGGAGGAGAAUGUUCCAGAUAGAUACGCUUGCUACAUCUGCAGAGACCCACCAGGUCAGAGGCAGAGCCUCCGCUACUGGUAUGACCGUGAGUGGUUGAGCAGUGGUCACAUGUAUGGCCUGUCCUUCCUGGAGGAGAACUAUUCUCACCAAAAUGCCAAGAAGAUUGCCGCCACACAUCAACUACUAGGAGAUGUGCACCAUGUGGUGGAGAUCCUCAAUGGACUGCAGCUCAAGAUGAGCGUCUUACAGAGCAAGACCAACCCUGACCUGCGGCUGUGGUGCCAGCCCUGGAAGCAGGGAGAUCAGCCAUGGAAAAAUUCUGACUCGUAUUCAGGCACUGAAACAGCCCCAUCCCCUUCGGUGCCUGACGAAGACAUGAGCCGUGGUGAGAUCCUGAUGUCCAAUGCCUUGGAAAAGUUGAGCAGAGCAGCGGCCUCCUCCUCCUCCUCCUCCUCCUCAUCCGCCUCCUCCUCCUCCUCCUCUUCCUCACCAUACCUGUCCUUCCAGGACUCGUACAUCAGCAGUGAGCACUGCUACCAGAAACCGCGGGCAUAUUACCCCGCGGUGGAGCAGAGGCUAGUGGUGGAGACACGGCAGGGCUCCGAGCUAGAGGACAGCAUGCGGAGCACUGAGGACCUGCUGGAGAGGGAGCAGCGUUACGGGGAGCUACUAGAGAUGGACAAGCCCAAAGCACUCGGUGGUACAAACAAGAUUUCAAACUCUGGCCGAUGGUCCCAGGUUGAGGUGAAGGAGGAGGGAGGGCUGGAUGGAGUUGAGUUACCAGAUGAUGGGAGGCAGCAUCAGCAGUGGCAGAUCAAUCUGUUGGACCACAUAGAUGCAGUUCAGGAUGAGGUCUGUCACCGGAUGGACUUCAUUGAGAGGGAGUUAGAUGUGUUGGAGAGCUGGCUGGACUAUACGGGGGAGCUGGAGCCUCCGGAGCCUCUGGCCCGUCUGCCUCAGCUCAAACGUCGCAUGAAGCAACUGCUAACUGAACUGGGCAAAGUGCAGCAGAUUGCCCUUUACAGCUCCACAUGAGUGUGACAGAGAGCGGCACUGAUCACAGUUGACACGGCAUCCAGAGACAGUGCUGUGAAUUAAAAUGGAGUGGAUACUCGCUCUUCCCUAGUUGGAAUUAUCUUGACAUAUUAAAUGCUAGAACAUGUUUCAGAAUGUUUUGGGCUGUCUCUAUGACACAAGUUCAGCUGCUCUUCUUUUGUUGGAAAGGUUCUGUGUUGUUGAGUCAAUGCCUACAGCCAGUGAACCUAUAAAUUAAAUUAUAUAUGGAUAUGUAUGGAAAGUAAGCAUCAUCAAUCAGGAUUAGACACAAAAAGUAACCUCUGAAGGGCAGGAGAAAAUCCAUAAGGCCAGUUUUAACAUUUCCCUCGCAACUCCACACCAUAUGAAUGCCUUGUCAGAGCUACUGCUAGAGGUUGCCCUGUUUCUCUCAGUACAGUUCUUAACAUGCAAAAGCAUUACAUUCGAAGAUCUCAGUUGAGCUCCUGAUCCACAUAACCCAUAUGGCCUCUUUGUAACAAUCCUGGAAUCCAUUCUUCUUAAAUGACAUUUUCCUUUGACAUUAUUUUGCAUUUUGACCACCUGUCAUGUGUGUAAGCUCUUGUGUUUUGCUGUUAACGUGACCAUAACUUGAAAACAUCCAUUAUAAUAGCACUGUACAAAUAUUCACUACAAAUAACAGGUUUUUAUGGUUUGUUUUUGACCUACUUAAGGGUCACUUUCCUACUACACUGUGAAGUUACUUUUGUCUGGAAUCAAACACAUCUACUUUUCAAGCUGUAGAGAUGGUGACAAGUGGGGUUUUGGUUUUCCUUUUUAAUGGUAAUAUUUGCUUUGGCUUGUGUCCAAAGGAGCCUUCACAGAUGUACCUAUUGUAUCAGUUAAUCUAUAAAUGUCGUUUACACUACCCUCACUCCCAUUUACUCUUUCAUUGUUGUUGCUACUGUAGCAUUUGACCUGUCAAUUGCAGAAAACUGUACGUAGUCUCUUCUUAUCCUAGCAUCUUGUGCUUAUUUGUUAAGACAUACUGUUCAACUGACUUGUAAUUUCUUUUAUUCCAUUUAAAUUGUUAAUUUGCAGUAUUUUUUAUUCUUUGUAAAUAAUUCACUCAAAUAAUGUGCUCUUCUUGGGAUCUUUGUAUUGAAAACACAAAAAGGAUAAUAUUGUAUGCUAAUGUACUGUAAGUGUCUGGCUUAGAAGCAGGGGAGAAGUCAAACAAUGCAAAAUGAAUUGCUGGUACAUAAAGUUGUUGAUAUUAAUAACCAUC